UGAGAGACCCUGAGCAAGCCUGUGUGGCUCCUCUGGCCUCAAGAUGGACAGCAGGAAGCGUCUGGCUUAUGCAAUCAUCCAGUUUCUACAUGACCAGCUGCGGCAUGGUGGGCUCUCAUCUGAUGCACAGGAGAGCCUGGAAGUUGCCAUCCAGUGCUUGGAGACUGCAUUUGGAGUGACAGUGGAAGACAGUGACCUGGCACUGCCCCAGACCCUGUCGGAAAUUUUUGGCAAGGAGAUGCCACACAGCCGGAGGAGCUCCGACUGGACGCCACCUUCUGAGGAGGACUCAGCAGAGGCAGAGCGCCUUAAAACUGAAGGCAAUGAGCAGAUGAAGUUGGAGAACUUCGAGGCAGCUGUGCACUUGUAUGGAAAGGCCAUAGAGCUCAACCCCGCCAAUGCCGUCUAUUUCUGUAACAGAGCCGCAGCCUACAGCAAGCUGGGCAACUACGUGGGGGCUGUGCAAGACUAUGAGAGGGCCAUCGGGAUUGACCCAGGCUACAGCAAAGCCUAUGGCCGCAUGGGCCUGGCGCUGUCCAGCCUGAACAGGCAUGCAGAGGCUGUGGCCUACUACAAGAAGGCCCUGGAGCUGGACCCUGACAAUGACACGUACAAGUCCAACCUUAACAUCACGGAGCUAAAGCUGCGGGAAGCACCGAGUCCUACAGGAGGCAUGGGUGGUUUGGACAUCGUUGGCCUACUCAAGAACCCAGGCUUCAUGACCAUGGCCUCGAACCUGAUGAGCAGUCCUCAAGUGCAGCAGUUCAUGUCAGGCAUGAUCUCCGGUACCCACAAUCCCUUGGGCACACCAGGCAGCAGUCCAUCACAGAAUGAUCUGGCCAGCCUCAUACAGGCGGGUCAGCAGUUUGCCCAGCACAUGCAGCAGCAGAACCCAGAGGUGAUCGAACAACUCAGGAGUCAGCUGCAUAGCCGGACACCAAGCACCAGCAACGAGGAGCAGCAAGAGUGAGAGACCCCACAUGGUCCUGUCCCUCAGCCACUGAAGUCUCCUGAUGUUUUUACAUUUCCUCAUCGGGCUGGCUGCCCAAGAGAGAAACAAAAGGAAAUUGGACCCACAUGUUAAGAUGGACUUGUAUCCCCCCUUUUUUCUUCACUCUCCUGUUUUGUACUGUAUUGGUCCCAGACCCUCCUGGAGAAGAGCCAGCAGAGUGCAGGUAGCACUAUUUCCCCUGACCCCCAGCAGCCCCAGUCAUCGGUGAAGUCUUUUCUAGAAUCCCAGGGCUGCCACCAGGCCACUUAGUGAAGCAAUGGGUGGGACAUGAGCC